AGGGGGCGAAGCUAUGAAUUGUGGGGCCCUUAAACCUACAUUAGUUGAUUUUCUGUGGCCACAAGGGGGCGUCCCUGAGCUGAAAGGCAAACACAACACAGAUAGCCUAAUGUGGCUAAUGUGUUAACAAACAGCUCCCGACAAAAGAGACUGAACAACAUAACAUAUGAGCUUUUGGGACACAUAGGAAGAUGGAGUGGAGAGGUGUUGGCAGAGAAGGAGUGGGCCUGAGCUACGUUCUCUGUCCCCGCAGCUGAAUGUGGUUGCCAUGUGACACCUGUUGGUAUUCCAGAUUCCUGCAGGUGGAGAGGAAAAGAUGACAGCGUAACCGGGGCAGCAAGCUGUUCACAGAAACCAAACACAGCCGCUUUUGUUGAAUAGGAUCUGUUGUGACUGGACAUGAAUUCGGCGGAACAGACGGUUACAUGGUUGAUUACGCUCGGGGUGCUGGAAUCGCCGAAGAAGACCAUCUCGGAUCCCGAAGCGUUCCUGCAGAGCUCCCUGAAAGAUGGGGUGGUCCUGUGCAGGCUGCUGGAGCGGCUCAGCCCGGGCUCCACGGAGAAAAUCUACCCGGAGCCGAAGAACGACGGCGAGUGUCUGCACAACAUAAAGGAGUUCCUCAAGGGCUGCACAUCAUUCCGCGUCGAGCCGUUUGAGGCCAGCGACCUGCUGCUGGGACUGAACUUCUCAAAGGUGCUGAGCAGUCUGGUCUCUCUGAAUAAAGUGACGGCAGAUAUCGGCGUGGGCAGUGAUUCCGUGUGUGCCCGGCACUCUUCAGCCCAUCGCAUCAAGUCGUUCGAGUCGCUGUCCUGUCAGGCUUCACUGGGCCGAUCCUCUAAGCUGCUGCAGAACCAGUUUCGCAGUCUGGACAUGUCAGAAAACAGUGGACAGCAGCUGCUGGUGAGGGCACGUUUCAACUUCCAGCAGACCAACGAGGACGAGCUCACCUUUAAUAAGGGUGACAUCAUCGGCGUGACUCGUCAGGAGGACGGUGGCUGGUGGGAGGGGACGCUCAAUGGCAAGAAUGGGUGGUUUCCUAGCAACUAUGUCCGUGAGAUCAAAGGCUCUGACAAACAAGUGUCCCCAAAGUCUGGCACUCUUAAGAGUCCACCAAAAGGCUUUGACACGUCUGCUAUCAGCAAGACAUACUAUAAUCUGGUGUUGCAGAACAUUUUAGAAACAGAGACCGAAUACUCCAAGGACCUUCAGAGCCUCCUGACGAACUACCUGCGACCUCUGCAGAGUAUUGACAAACUGAGCAGCUCAGACGUGGCUCUGAUUCUUGGCAACCUUGAGGAGAUCAGCACUUUCCAGCAGAUGCUCGUCCAAUCGCUGGAGGAGUGCACCAAGCUCCCAGAGAGCCAGCAAAGGGUCGGAGGUUUCUUUCUCAACCUCAUGCCACAGAUGAAGGCUCUUUAUGCUGGUUACUGCUCCAACCACCCCUCUGCAGUGAAUGUGCUCACCCAGCACAGGGAUGUAUUGGGGGAGUUUAUGGAGGGGAGGGGUGCAGUCAGUCCUGGGAUCCUCACCCUGACCACAGGCCUCAGCAAACCCUUUAUGAGACUUGACAAAUACCCCACCUUACUCAAAGAGCUGGAGAGACACAUGGAGGAGAGUCAUCCUGAUCGGCUGGACAUUCAGAAGUGCAUGGCAUCUUUCAAAAAUCUGUCUGCUCAGUGCCAGGAGGUGCGGAAGCGUAAGGAGCUAGAGCUGCAGAUCCUUACGGAGUCCAUUCGGCUGUGGGAGGGUGACGACAUUAAGACCCUUGGCUCUGUGAUCUACAUGAGCCAGGUCUUAGUCCAGAGUCCUGGCUCAGAGGAGAAGAGUGAGCGUUACCUCAUGCUCUUCCCUCACGUCCUCCUCAUGUUGUCUGCCAGCCCCAGGAUGAGUGGCUUCAUAUUCCAGGGAAAACUGCCCCUGGCCAGCAUGACAGUAACCAAAUUAGAAGACUGUGAAGCCCAUAAAAACGCCUUUGAGCUCAAUGGCCCAAUGUUUGACCGUCUUCAGGUGGUGUGCACCCACCAGCAGGACCUGCAAGACUGGGUGGAGCACCUGACCAGACAGAUCAAACACACUGCAGCCACCACUCCCAGCCACAAGCCUCUCACUGUUCCCUGCCACACGCUCCCAUCUCACCCCCUCACCCCAUCCCGGCAUGCUGAGGGGAGGGCCAUGACAGUGGCUCCCACAUACCACACCCUGCCCCACCCCUCCUCCCAUGGGACAUCUCUUUCCAGUACUAUGAUGUGGGGCCCAUUGGAACCACCAAACACCCCCAAACCCUGGAGCCUGAGCUGUCUGCGACCCGCACCCCCUUUAAGACCCUCUGCAGCCCUCUGCUACAAGGAAGAUCUUAGUAAAAGUCCUAAGAGUGUGAAGAAACUUCUUCCAAAGCGCAAGCCUGAGAGGAAACAGUCUGAGGAGGAAUUUGCCUUGAGGAAGAGUACAGCUGCUCUGGAAGAAGAUGCCCAGAUCCUGAAAGUUAUUGAGGCGUACUGCACCAGCGCCAAAACCAGGCAGACUCUUAACUCCACCUGGCAGGGCACCGAUCUGAUGCACAACCACGUGCUGGCCGACGUGGACCGGUCCUGUAUGGACUCGCCGGGCCGCCGUAGCAGCGUGUCACGGCCAGAAUUGUCCUCUGACCUUUCGGAGGACUCUGACUAUGACUCCAUCUGGACCACCCACAGUUACAGGAUGGGUUCAGUGCCGCGGCCGCGAACGGAAACAGAGCUGCACGUGAUCAUCCCCGGUGAGAAGAAAGUCCUGGUGGAGGGUCCCAGUCGCAAUGGACAAAGUUCUGGAGAAGAAAAGAGCCUGGUGGAUGUGGUGUACGCCCUGAGGGAUGAGGUUCAAGAGCUGAAACAGGAUAAUAAGAAGAUGAAGAGGUCACUGGAGGAGGAGCAGAGAGCAAGGAAGGAUCUGGAAAAGGUUGUCAGGAGGGUGCUGAAGAGCAUGAACGACCCGACAUGGGACGAGACAAACCUUUGAGGAAACCUUUGAGCAUCAUCAUCGUCAUCUGAAGCAUUGAAAUGAGAAAGGCAGAGCAUGUUUGUGUGGGCUUGCUUGUGCGGUGUUUGUGUGUGAGAGACGCACACACUUUACAUGCAUAAUUUAAGGUUGGUUGUGUGAGUGAAUCUGUAAGCUGAUAGUUGAGUGUUUGCUCUAAUUGGAGUGUCGUUACUGCUCUUUUGAUGGAAAGACAGGAGUCACUGGGACGUGAUGUUGAUACGGCUGGACCAUCUUUUUCAUGGUAACAUUCCUUGAACACCCAACGUGAUGGUGUGACCAUCAUCAGUGUCUUUGGUAGUGUUCAAUGUGGCCCGAAGAACGGUGGAGAGAAGACCUCUCCCUCUGUUUACAAUCAUUUAACAGUCUGCUGUCCAAUGGUACAUCAGUGGUACUUGAAUGGUAACAAAGGCUUUGGAAACACCUGAACUUGAACCAUGCCAUUUCAUAACCUUUUUUAUGCUAUUUAAUUUUUUAAUGAAUUGAUUUUGUUUGGCCUCUUUCUCCGACACAGGCUUAGCCUGGUGUUUUCAGCCUGAAGUUAAGCUUGUGUCUGGAAGCUCAUCUUUUGUGAACGUUUUAAUUUUUGUUGUUGUUGUUGUUACUGUUUGACCUCCUCUAGGUUUCGACCUUCUCCCUAGGCAUCCUAUGGAAUUGUAUAGAUAUUGAAUUUGUACUGUAUAAUGUAAAUACUGCUAAAAGAUGAGCCUUUGAAAUAAAUGUGGUUUUAGAAGAAUGA